UCAUACACUUUGAUAGUUUAUUAUCAUUUGUGAUUAGAAACAAUCGAUUUCGUCCAAAAUCAGAUUGUCGUUGCUGGAGCGUAAGCCAAUGAGAAUUGAUGUACUAACUGACAUUGGGAAACAAUUUUUUUUUAGAAGGAAAGCAAAAUUACAGAUAAUUUCAAUCAAAAUGUUGUACCUUGAAGACUAUUUAGAGAUGAUUGAAAAUCUCCCAAUGGAGAUGAGAGAACGUCUUACAGAAAUGAGAGAAAUGGAUCUUCAGGUUCAGAAUUCAUUGGAUGGUUUAGAUGAGAGAGUAACUUCAUUUUUCAAAAAAUGUACACAGCCAAAUGUUAAAACUGAUUGGAAAGAGGAACAAUUUGGAAAAAUUAAAAAGGAAUAUUAUAAGACAUUAGAAGAUGCUGAUGAAAAAGUGCAGCUUGCAAACCACAUUUAUGACCUGGUUGACAGACAUUUACGAAAACUUGAUCAAGAAUUGUCAAAAUUUAAGAUGGAGCUAGAAGCAGAUAAUGCAGGGAUUACAGAAGUUUUAGAAAAAAGAUCUUUAGAGAUGGAUAAACCUUUAGUACAGAGUCAUAGAGCAGAAAAACGGAAACUUCCUUCAUCUACUUUACCUACACAAAAUGAAAGUAAAAUGACUACGGAAAAAGUGCAGUCAGCCUUAGCUAACGAAAUUGCACGAGACUCGUUUGGUGGUGUACGGAAAAGUCAGUCAGCAUCUAACUCACCAAAUAUAUCAAUGUUUAAUUUUUCGCCAGCUUCAACCACUCUUACAUAUAAACUAGGUCAUGUUGGUGUUGGUAGUAAUGCAGCUAUAGCAGCAGCAGCUUCACAAGCAAUAGCAGCAACACAACAAGUGAUGCAGUGUCAGGGACGACGUACACCAAGUUUGAAAGCCAGUUAUGUUGCAAUGACGAAAGGGAGUAGUACUGAAUUAACCAAAGAAAUUAUAAAACAAGAGUACACCUCAUAUUCCCAGCCUUCUACUCCGGCUGUUACCACAGAUAGUGGGGCUAAGGUCCCAAAGCCAAAAAAACAAACAUCAAAAGCUGCAGCAUUAUUGCAAGCCCAACAGGCACAGGAACAAGCCCAGAGACAAAAACAACAAGCAGUUAUGUCAGCAUUAUCGCAGCAGCUUACUGGUGGUGUUGAAAUAACAACAACACCAGAACCCAGCAACGAGCUUCAAAUAGUUGACGAGCAUGGUGAACCCGUAAAUUGGCAGGAUGAUCCAAACGAGCCGAGAUAUUGUUUAUGUAACCAAGUAUCAUACGGUGAAAUGGUCGGAUGUGAUAAUGAUGAUUGUCCAAUAGAAUGGUUUCACUACGGAUGUGUUGGACUGUCACAAGCACCAAAAUGUAAAUGGUAUUGUCCACAGUGUUAUGCUGCAAUGAAAAGAAGAGGACGCAGAUAGCAUUGAGGCAAUAUAAAGAAAGAAACUCAUAAAGAUCAAAAUAAUUGCAUUUAUAGUUUAACAUUAAAAUGUAUGACAUUCUAUAAGUUAAAGUGAUGG